GAGCCGCCGGGAGGUAGGCGCGGGACCGGUGGCUGCGGUGGCGGCGGGUGGACCGAUUGUAGCUCGGCGGCGAGAGUCGAUGGAGUCUCGCUCUUUUGCCAGGCUGGAGUGCAAUGGCAUAAUCUUGGCUCACUGCAACCUCCACCUCCUGGAUUGAAGUGAUUCUUCUGCCUCAGCCUCCUGAGUAGCUGGGACUACAGAAAUGCUGGUUAUUUCAGUCACUUGCCGAUGACUUCAGAUGUCCCAGCAAAUGGCAUUGUUGACUGCAGUGCUGAGAAGAUACUUCUGAGGACCCACGUCUAAGGUGGACUCAGCUCGUGCUCUUCUGGUUAGUCCCUGAACAGGAGUGAUGCCUCCAGGCAGGUGGCAUGCUGUCUAUCCAGCCCAGGCCCAGUCUUCGAGGGAGCGAGGGCGGCUUCAGACAAUAAAGAAGGAAGAAGAGGAUGAAAGCUAUACUCCAGUGCAGGCUGCCAGGCCACAGACGCUCAACCGCCCUGGCCAGGAGCUGUUCCGCCAGCUCUUCAGACAGCUUCGCUACCAUGAGUCUUCGGGGCCCCUAGAAACUCUGAGCCGGCUCCGGGAACUCUGUCGCUGGUGGCUGAGGCCUGACGUUCUCUCCAAGGCACAGAUCCUAGAGCUGCUGGUGCUGGAACAGUUUCUGAGCAUCCUGCCUGGGGAGCUCCGGGUUUGGGUGCAGCUCCAUAAUCCUGAGAGUGGCGAAGAGGCCGUGGCCUUGCUGGAGGAGCUGCAGAGGGACCUUGAUGGGACAUCAUGGAGGGACCCGGGCCCUGCCCAGAGCCCAGAUGUGCAUUGGAUGGGUACAGGAGCCCUGCGAUCUGCACAGAUAUGGUCCCUUGCUUCACCUCUCAGGAGCAGCUCUGCUCUGGGGGACCACCUGGAGCCUCCCUAUGAAAUAGAAGCACGUGACUUCCUGGCUGGGCAAUCCGAUACUCCUGCUGCCCAGAUGCCUGCCCUUUUCCAGAGAGAGGGGUGCCCAGGAGACCAGGUAACACCACCCAGGUCCCUGACAGCCCAGCUUCAGACUAUGACUUUCAAGGAUGUGGAGGUGACCUUCUCCCAGGACGAGUGGGGGUGGCUGGACUCUGCUCAGAGAAACCUGUACAGGGAUGUGAUGCUGGAGAAUUAUAGGAACAUGGCUUUCCUGGUGGGACCAUUCACCAAACCUGCUCUGAUCUCCUGGUUGGAAGCAAGGGAGCCAUGGGGCCUGAAUUUGCAGGCAGCUCAGCCUAAGGGGAAUGCAGGUGUUGCCCCUACAGGAGAUGACCUCCAGAUUAAAACAAACAAAUUCAUCUUAGAUCAGAAACCUUUGGAAGAAGCAGAAACCUUAGCUGUGUCAUCAGGAUGUCCUGCGACAAGUGUUUCUGAGGGAAUUGGGCUCAGAGAAUCUUUUCAACAGAAGAGCAGGCAAAAGGAUCAAUGUGAAAACCCCAUACAAGUAACAGUUAAAAAAGAAGAGACCAAUUUCAGUCACAGGACAGGAAAAGACUCUGAAGUAUCAGGAAGUAAUAGUCUUGACUUAAAACAUGUUACAUAUUUGAGAGUUUCUGGAAGAAAGGAAUCCCUUAAACAUGGCUGUGGCAAACACUUCAGAAUGAGUUCACACCACUAUGACUACAAGAAAUAUGGGAAGGGGCUCAGACACAUGAUUGGCGGCUUCAGCCUACAUCAGAGAAUUCAUACUGGACUGAAAGGGAAUAAAAAGGACGUGUGUGGAAAAGACUUCAGCCUUAGCUCUCAUCACCAGCACGGGCAGAGUCUUCACACGGUGGGAGUGUCAUUUAAGUGCAGUGACUGUGGAAGGACUUUCAGUCAUAGCUCCCAUCUUGCAUAUCAUCAGAGACUUCACACUCAAGAGAAAGCAUUUAAAUGUAGGGUGUGUGGGAAAGCCUUCCGGUGGAGUUCCAACUGUGCACGGCAUGAGAAAAUUCACACUGGAGUGAAGCCCUAUAAAUGCGAUUUAUGUGAGAAAGCUUUCCGACGUCUGUCAGCCUACCGUCUGCACCGAGAAACCCAUGCUAAGAAGAAAUUUCUUGAAUUGAAUCAGUAUAGGGCAGCUCUCACCUACAGCUCAGGGUUUGAUCAUCAUUUGGGAGACCAAAGUGGAGAGAAACUCUUUGACUGCAGCCAGUGCAGGAAGUCCUUCCACUGUAAGUCAUAUGUUCUUGAACAUCAAAGGAUUCACACCCAGGAGAAACCCUAUAAAUGUACCAAAUGCAGGAAAACCUUUAGGUGGAGAUCAAACUUUACUCGUCAUAUGAGGUUGCAUGAGGAGGAAAAAUUCUACAAACAAGAUGAAUGUCAUGAGGGCUUCAGGCAGUCUCCUGACUGCAGUCAGCCCCAGGGUGCCCCCGCUGUGGAGAAAACAUUUUUGUGUCAGCAGUGUGGGAAAACUUUUACUAGAAAGAAAACUCUCGUUGACCACCAGAGAAUUCACACAGGUGAGAAACCAUACCAGUGUAGCGAUUGUGGGAAGGACUUUGCCUAUAGGUCAGCCUUUAUUGUUCAUAAGAAGAAGCAUGCCAUGAAAAGAAAACCUGAGGGCGGGGCAUCUUUUAGUCAGGACAGAGUGUUCCAGGUUCCUCAGAGCAGUCACUCCAGAGAGGAGCCCUACAAAUGCAGCCAGUGUGGCAAGGCCUUCCGCAAUCACUCCUUCCUCCUCAUCCAUCAGAGAGUUCACACUGGAGAGAAGCCGUAUAAGUGUAGGGAGUGUGGGAAAGCCUUCAGAUGGAGUUCCAAUCUCUACCGACAUCAGAGGAUUCACUCUCUUCAAAAACAGUAUGAUUGCCAUGAAAGUGAAAAGACUCCAAAUGUGGAGCCGAAAAUCCUCACUGGUGAGAAACGUUUUUGGUGUCAAGAAUGUGGGAAAACCUUUACACGUAAAAGAACCCUUUUAGAUCAUAAGGGAAUACACAGUGGAGAGAAGCGCUAUAAAUGUAAUCUGUGUGGGAAAUCUUACGAUAGAAACUAUCGCCUUGUUAACCAUCAGAGGAUCCACUCUACAGAGAGACCUUUCAAAUGUCAGUGGUGUGGGAAAGAGUUCAUUGGGAGACAUACCCUUUCCAGUCACCAGAGGAAACACACCAGAGCAGCACAGGCUGAACGUAGCCCACCUGCACGGUCUUCCUCUCAGGACACAAAGUUGAGAUUACAGAAGCUAAAACCAAGUGAGGAGAUGCCCCUCGAAGACUGCAAAGAAACUUGCAACCAGAGCUCCAGGCUCACUGGACUCCAGGACAUAACCAUUGGGAAAAAGUGCCACAAAUGCAGUAUAUGUGGGAAAACUUUCAACAAGAGUUCACAACUCAUUAGCCACAAGAGAUUUCAUACUCGAGAGAGGCCAUUCAAAUGCACCAAGUGUGGGAAGACCUUCAGGUGGUCUUCGAACCUGGCUCGGCAUAUGAAAAACCAUAUUAGAGAUUAG